CACAAAUUUAUAGUCUAUAAAGCACAGAAAAACUCAAAAAUCGAAUAGAGUAACACCUUAACACUAAAAACACAACUAUUAAGUGAAAAACACAGAAAAGCCACACUUGAAGCAAGCAAACGACGUGACAAAACAAAUGUGAAAAUUGCUGCCAAGAUAUUGAGGUUAUGUUUGCAAAUUACCCGCGGCCCAGCAUGCACUACGGCAACACUGCAUCGCUGCAGCCUUCUAAUUGGUCGUCGAUGGUUUUCUAUGAACCUACGGACGUGGAAAUAUCCACAAAACCCUUCGAAACCAACCACGGGAAAGCAGUAAAAUACAUAUCGCCUAAUUUGGAGGAAUUAAAAUUUAUUUGCUCCUAUUUUAACAUCACCGCAAAAAAUGAAUUUUGUAAAAUGAGACAAGCGGCAAGUUUGGCUGAAAAAAUUGUUAACUACGUGGAUAAUGUAUUCGUAACUCUUGGAUCUGACGGUUUAAUUGUAUCGAGAAAAGGCGCAGCCAAAGAAUCAUUUCCGAUGAAAAAUAAUGAGCAGAUAAUUCAAGUAAGGCAUUACCCUGCAAAUACAGUCGAAAAUAUUGUAAAUGUGAGUGGUGCUGGUGAUAAUUUAGCUAGCGGGUUAAUAGCAGGAAUUCUUUGCGGACUUAGCGAAGAAAUAAGUAUCUCUAUUGGAAUGGAGGCUGCAAAAACUGCAUUAAAGUCUGAAUCCGCGGUUUCUCAAAAAAUAUUUGACAAAUAUCAUUUUUGUUGGAAUACUCCAGCGCAAUAUGUCUCAGUAAUUAAUAAGUCUUAA